AAAAAGCGAAAACAAACAAGAAAAAAUAAACAGAGAAACAAACCCUCGAUCAAACAACAUCCCAUGUCAGAGAGAGAGAUAGAGAGAGCGCGAGUCAGAGAGAUGAAGCGUAGAUUCUGAAGUCGUUUACAAUCAUCUCGCCGCUCAUGAAUCCUGACGAAACCGAGGACCUUCUCCACGGCCACCACCACCAUCUCCACCACCAAAUCAUAGAGCAUGGGGAAGAAUUGCAACCACAACUGCAGCAGACGCACCAAGAACAACCCUUUUCUCUACCUUCAAUUCCUGAAAUUAUGGUCUUCCGAGAUGAAGAAGAUGAAGACGAAGACGAGGACAAGGCAGUCGACUCAAGCCCUAGCUCCUCUGAUGCCGACGACCCUAACCACAACACCACUGUCACUGCUGCCGCCGCCUCUACUGGGGUUGUUCCUUCUAACAUGCAUCAACAUCCCCCGGUGUACAUUAACCCCGAACCCCACAUCUCCACCCAAUUCUACACCUUCAAUCGCGAGUCUCAUGCGCUAAUGGUCCGUUGCAUUUUAGAGCGACGCCUCGCUACGCCGGACGAAAUCCGCCGAGCCACCCCUCGCCCGGUUCUUAAGAGUUGGCGUUCUGUCUGGAAGGAUCGCAACGAGGAUACCGCCUACCUGACGGCGUGGAAACGCAUCCAAGAUAAGCUCAACGCCCAUGUCGAUGCUCACGGAAACGAAGUAUUGUACUUCAAGAACAACUCUCAGCAGUAUGUUUCGCACAUUAAUCAGUGGCAAGACAUCGUCAUGAGCUUCCAUGGAGACGCUGAUCUCAAGCACCUGGGGCUUAAGGAGACCAUUGAGCGAAUCAAGCAGGUAUGGACCGUUGGUGCCAAAUUUUACGGGAUCCCUGAAUCAUUUAUUAGGGUUUGUGUCGCUUCCUGCUCGGUUUGCUCAGACGCGUCAGGGUCUGCUCCGAGGACUAAAAGAAGGAGAUUUGAGUACACUGAGUCGUUCGAUGUUCCGGCCAAGGAGGUUCCUCAUCGCCUCCAGCAGUUGGCUGCCAAGCACAAGGUUGUGCUUUGUAUUCGUCAGAAGUAUAUUAGGUACAAGCCCUUCAUGGCAGAGGUCAAGGAUUAUGCUUGUCAUCGAGCUGGGGAGCCCGCUGCUAAGAAAUCGAGGAUUUUGAAGCGGGAGCCUUAUGCAUCGAAGCGAUGUGGGUGUGGGUUCCGGAUCAGGGCAAUUGUUCCAAUUGCAAAUUAUAAUGAAAAGGACAAGACAUUUGUGUAUCAGGAAGAAGGGAUGGCUGUGUUUAAGCUGUAUGCAGUGCAUACUGGUCACGAGCCAGGGCCAUUGGAUGGGAAUGCAAGGAUCAUACAUAGGGUUGUUGGGCAUAAAGGUGGGUUCUUGAUGGAUCAGGAUACAGUUUAUGGGAUGAGCGAGGAUACUGAUACAGACACGUUUGGUCUGAUGGGUAAGGACGAGGGGGAUUCACAGCUUUCAGUGUUGCACCAGGUUCAGGAACUUAAGGUUGAAGUUGGGUUGCUGGAAGGGAAAAUUGGAAAAAUGCCUCGGGAACUGUUGGGUUCAUUGUCUCGAGAGCUAUUUGAUAUUUUGAAUAGGCUUAGGAGUAUAAGAGAAGAUGCUUCUAGGACAGUUGAACUGCUUCAUGAUAAACAGCAUUCAGAUGAUGUAUUGGUUGGAGAAAGUGAUCUAGCACAUUGGGGUGACCACCAUCAUGAUAGGAUAUAUGGUAAUGGUAAGGACACUGAGCUGAUUGAGGAAGAUGAGGACAGUUUUGAACACACGCUCGAAGAUGUUGUGCCCUGGGAUCGAAUGCGGACAGAUUGCAGUAGUAGAAAGGAUCUGAUGAGUGACGGUUGUAAAUCUGAUAAAUGGUUGAAGGAUGCAUGUGGCGAGUUUGAUGAGAAGAGCAUUCUUGACUGUGAGGAUUCUAAGUUAAUCAAGCCCAUCAGGCAUGAUGGGACAAUAGUGACGGAUGCAGGUCUUGUUGGUAUACAGGUGGACAGUUUCUACCCAGAUAACUCUAAGUGGUACGAUUCUCCUUGUGGUUUGGACCCUGGUGCAGAUUGUGGGGAUAGUGGAUUCCGACAUGGUGGAAUUGUUUAGAACCUCCCAAUUGGCGUAUUUAGAACAUUGCAAGGUGCUAUUUUCCCCUUUCUCAAAGUUGGAAGUGGAGUUGUAAAUUAUGUACACAGAAGAUUGGGACCUCCAACACAUGCUUUGGCUCCCUUUAGUGUGUGGUGGUUCUGUGAGGUAUCACUGUGGGGUUUUCAUGUGCAGGAUUUCGUUGUUAACCAUUUAACCAUUUUCCUGGGCCUUUGAAAGUUUAAUUAUGGCUCUUCUGAUGAUGCACAUAAAUAGUUUUUCCUUCUGUUGUUCAUUGGGGUUCUUGUGUUUCCUACUUACAAUAUCUUGCUUUGCUACCCUCCCAAAUUGCUUUUUAAAAGAUUGAGUGUACAUGAAUAAUGUUUUUUUUUUUAAACAUGCCCUUGUUUAAAAAAACUUUCUGUUUACUACAUGCAUCCAUUGAACAUAUGAUAUUGCAGGAAGAUGGUUUUAUCAUCUAAGAGUAACUGUUUUCUGUCAA